GGAGGUGGGGGCGCGGAGGCCGGUGGAGGUUGGCGCCGCCGGGGGAGGAUGCGGCUGCGCUCGGGUGUCUUCGCCUCCUCCUGCCUCCUGGUGGAGGCCCUGGGGGUCGCGCUGUUCCUCCGCGGCUUCUUCCCGGUGCCCGUCAGGUCCGUGCCCCGCAGAGAGGCCCGCGGGGACCCUCCCGCCGAACCGGCCCCGCCCGGCCCAGGAAUGGUUUCUAACUGGACCAAAAUUCCACCACCACUUUUCAAAAAAGUUGUUAUUGUGCUGAUAGAUGCUUUGAGAGAUGACUUUGUGUUUGGAUCCAAAGGUAAACAGUUCAUGCCGUAUACCACACAAGUUGUUGAAAAAGGGACAUCCUACAGUUUCAUCGCUGAAGCAAAGCCACCCACUGUGACUAUGCCUCGAAUUAAGGCUUUGAUGACAGGUAGUAUACCUGGUUUCAUUGAUGUUAUUGUGAACCUCAAUUCUCCAGCUCUGUUGGAUGACAACCUGAUAUGGCAGGCAAAAACAGCUGGGAAAAGGAUAAUCUUCUAUGGUGAUGAUACUUGGGUUAAACUGUUUCCAAAGCAUUUCGUGGAAUAUGAUGGAACAACAUCCUUUUUUGUGUCAGACUUUACAGAGGUUGAUGAUAAUGUAACCAGGCAUUUGGAUAGAGUGUUGAAGAGAGAAGACUGGGAUCUCCUAAUACUGCAUUACCUGGGGUUGGACCAUAUUGGACAUAUGACUGGGCCAAAUAGCCCAUUAGUGGGACCAAAACUUCGUGAAAUGGAUAACAUCCUGAAGAAGAUUCAUAUUUCUCUUCUUUCAAAGGAAGAAGCUUCUCUGCCAAAUUUGCUAGUUGUCUGUGGGGAUCAUGGGAUGUCUGAAACAGGGAGUCAUGGUGGUUCUUCAGACGGAGAAGUGCACACACCACUGCUGUUUAUCAGCUCCGCUUUUGAAAAGAGAAGUGGUCCGCUAACCCAACCUGGAUUUGUGCAGCAAACUGAUUUAGCUAGCACGCUGGCAGUAGGUCUUGGUCUACCAAUUUCAAGAAACAGUGUUGGGAACCUUAUAUUGCCAGUUGUGGGAGGCAAGACAAUGAGAGAACAACUACGUUUUGUGCACUUGAAUGGGUUCCAGCUUAGCAGACUGCUGCAGGAGAAUACACCUGCGUAUGAAAAAGAUCCUGGCUAUGAACAUUUUAAGAUAGCAGAAAAGUCCCAUGGUAAUUGGAUCAAACUGUAUUUAGAGGGGAAUAAUUCAGAAAUACUCUUAAACCUUGGCAAAAAGGUCCUGAAACAGUAUUUGGAGGCCCUGAAGACUCUGAGUUCUUCACUAAGCAAGCAAGUGGUACAAUAUGAUGUGUAUUCGAUGAUGGUGGGGACUGUGAUCAUUAUGGAGGUUCUGCUGCUGCUUUUGCUCAGCCUUCCAAAAGCCCUGAGCAGCCAGGCAGAAUUCGAAGUGUCUCUGUCCCCUCCGCUGUUCUCUCUGCUGUUUUACUUGAUGUGUCUGCUGCUGUGUGCAGUUCACGUCAUUGUAUGCACAUCGGCAGAAAGUUCAUGCUAUUUCUGCAGUAUGUCCUGGUUAACAGCAGUUGGAGUGAUGAUGCUGAUUUCUGCACUCAUGUGCAGUAUUUUAUCUGCCAUUGCAAAGAUCUUUGAGAAUUCCAGACCUCCACUGAAGAAUCCAGUUGUGUCCAGUUCCAGCUGGUCAGAAAUAGAUGUGCUGAUUCUGGCUGGAACAAUUGGCCAUGUUUUGAGUUUGGGGGCAAGCAGUUUUAUAGAAGAAGAACAUCAAACCUGGUAUUUUCUUAUCAAUACACUUUGUUUGGUGCUGUGUCAGGAACUUUGUAGGAAUAAUUUUCUUCUGAAAGAAUGUGACCCUCAGCAUAGCACCACUGUGAAACAAAAUUUUGAUAGUAUUGGGGAAGCCUCUGAGUGCAAGAAUAUAGACAUUCCAGCAGCAUGUAAUUCAAAAUUGGGCAAAGCCACCUCUUCGACUGAAUUCAUAAAAGGAUCAGAUAAGUGGAUAAGCUUAGCAAGUCCAUGGAUCAUCCUUAUUUGCUGUCGGCUACUUCGAUCCUUGAAUCAGACAGGCGUCCAGUGGGCUCAUCGGCCAGACUUUGGCCAUUGGUUGACAAGCUCUGAACAGAAAUCUGAACUCUCCUUCUUGGCUGCAGUCUCCCUACUUAUGAUCUUCUUUCUGGUUCAAAGAAGAUGCUCCCUGGUUUCAAAAAUUGCUAUGGUGCUCGGGCUCCUGGGAGUCUACAGUUACCGGGCAGCUAUUGGAAAUGUCAUAUUUCCAUGGCAACAUGCCAGCAAAGAUAUUUCAAAGGGGAUUACUGAAGCUCGUUUUGUUUAUGUCUUUGUUCUUGGCAUAGUCUUCACUGGCACUAAAGAUUUACUAAAGUCACAGGUUAUUUCUUCAGACUCCAGUGUGAAGAGUACAGGAUUAUGGGAAGUAUAUAGUGGAUUGGUUCUACUAGCAGCCCUUCUAUUUAGACCUCACAAUUUACCAGUCUUGGUGUUUUGUCUGCUGAUACAGACAAUGAUGACAAAAUAUAUCUGGAGACCUUUGAAAUUUGAUGCAGCACAGAUUACUAUCAUGCACUAUUGGUUUGGCCAAGCUUUCUUCUAUUUUCAGGGAAAUUCAAAUGGCAUUGCUACUGUGGAUGUUUCAGCAGGUUUUGUGGGACUAGAAAGCUAUGUGGAGAUACCAGCUAUCUUCCUUACAGCAUUUGCAACAUACGCAGGACCUUUGCUUUGGGCCAUUCAUCUGCUGUGCUACUUGAGUUCUGAAGUUAGCAGGAAUUCAGCAGCAGUGGGUCACGGCUGUUUCUGCUAUGCUCUAAUGCGUUCAAUUCCAGUUGCCAUCUACAUUGUUUUGGUAACAGGUCUGCGUUACCACCUGUUCAUAUGGAGCGUCUUCUCGCCAAAACUACUUUAUGAGGGAGUGCAUGUGUUCAUCACAGCCGCUAUCUGCCUGUUCUUCACAGCCAUGGAUCAGAACCACUCUCACAAAGUGCAAGAUUGAAAAUAAGUGUGCGUUGAAAGAUGUCCAGACUGAAUCCAGGAGAAAAUAAAUGGCUUGGAAAAACUAUGGUUUUCAAGACCAGGAAAGGAAGGAAGAAGGAGGAACUUUGACUGCAACUCUGUCUUGGGUUAACACAUGAGUUUGGGUGAUAUUUCAAGAAAACAUGGUGCUUUCAGCGUCAGAAUUGCCAUUUUUAUUCUUUUUCACCCUUUCUCUUUGGGUAUAGGCAAAUGAAAUACUAUUUUAUCUUCAUCAGCUUUUGGGGAGACAGUAAAGAAAUUAGUUGGUUCUUGCUGCUCUGGCGUGGUUAUCAGCUGGGGGUGCAGCUUCCACAGGAGAACCCUGUGCACAGGCACAGACUCCUCCUUAAAUAUGUUCUAAGCAAGGAUGUUGUGUACUUCUCUGUUUGGAUGAAGUUUUGACACAUGGUAAAUUUUUCCACUCAGCAUCUUCGCUGCUGGUCACUGCCAGGUUCAGCCAGUUACAGUGGUCUAUAGCUUUCUCUACUAGAUUUCACUAGAUCACCAUUAGUCAGUGUGGCUCACUGCCACUCAAAGCUUGUAACGUAUGUCCAGUAUGGUCCUAAAGAUCCAGAGUGUGAUGAAACUUGAGCUAAGAAGAGGCUCUUGUAAAUGAAUUCAGGUUUAAGGAGAAAAACCCAACCUAUUCAUAUUUCAGAUACUAUAUAUCUGUAUUUCUGCUCUGUAGAAAAAAAACAAGUUUUCCUUGGCUCUAUAUAAGACAGCAGAACAUCCACACCACGCGCCACAGCCUUUGCAGCAGGCAAUGAAUGCAUGCUAAGCCACUGCUCCUGUGUGGUGCUGUCUGUAAAGGUCAGGGCAAUUUUUGGAAUUCCUCACAUAAAGCAUUUGCAAAUUAAAGAAGAUUUACCUCCACAACUGCACAGUCACAGGAGGAGGGGGCACAGAUGCAAGUUGCCAUGAAGGGCUUCCUCUGAAUAACCAAGACUUCCCUGAGUGCUUUAGCAGCACAAGGAGGGGAAGGAAACUGGUCCCGCUGAUCACUGGGGCAGGAAAGGGAGCUGGAUGAUCUCAUUGUAGGCUGCCCACUCUGUGAAAUGCUGUGAUCGGGGGAUGUUCAUGAGGCUAGCAUUACGCUGUCUUCCAGAAGUGUAAGGAGGGUCUGGGGAAUGACUGGCCAUCAGCCCCUCCUCAGUCCCCAGGCAGAUGAUGGAGAGGGAGACUUUCCCAAGAACUAGAUGGAGGGGAAAUGACAAAGAGGGAUUUACCAGGACAACUUGUGCCUGGCCCAUUGGUGCCUGAUUGCGUUUUCUGAAGAGAUGACAGACUCUGUGGAGAAGGGAAGAGCACUGGAUGUUGGACAACUUUACUUUAGCGAGGCCUUCAACAUGGUGUACUUGGUGCCCAAGUGGUGAGCUAUGGAUCAGUGGGCUUGAAGGUGUACUGGAUCACUGGUUCUGAGGGUUGACUUGAGUGGUUUGUGGUCUCAUGGUUAUCUGGUAAGCAGUGGUGUCCCUGGGGGGCAAUGCUAGGGCAAGGCAAUUUAAGAUCUUUCUUAAGCUGGAUGGGGGGAUGGCAAGACCAGAGCAAGUCUGGAGAUGGUACCAAAUUGGGGGGAGCUGGGUGUAUGCUGGAGGGGAGGGUCACCCUUUGGAGGGACCUUGUCAGGCUGGAGAAAUGGGCUGCUGGGAAGCUGCAGUACGGCCUGGGCAAACACUGAGUCCUGCCCCUGGCUGGGAAGAGCCUGGUAGUGGUGCAGGGUGGGGCCCAUGGGCUGGGGAACAGCUCUGGAGCCCCAGUAGACAGCAAAGUGGACCAUGAGCAGCACUGACAGCCCGAUCCUGUUCCCCAGCUGAUCAGUAUUCAUGGGACACACACACACGGACACACACACAUGUUUGCAUAGAUUGUUUAUCCAACACCUGGCCCAAAUCCCCAUGGCCUCCCCUGCUGCUGGCACCUAGACAGGAACCCCAGAGGUUUGCAGCCAUGCUCUGGUUGCUGGUAUCCAGACCUCUUCUCUUACUGGUGAGUCCUGCUUGAAGUUCACUGGUGUUCACACAUACCUACUUAGAGUAGAGACUGCACUCACAAAGAAGAAAUAGGAUUUAAUGAGAGGAUGGGGCACACAGCGGCGAUAGAAGUGAAAGGCUCCAUCAGAGAAAUACACUGCCUAGCAACUUGUUUAUACUCAAUGAGCCCUUUUUAUCCAUUUUUUCCUCUGCUCUCCCAUGUUUGUUGCUCCCCAAGCCAUCUUGAUCCUUCUUUUUCCCCUCCUUUGGUCCUUUCCCUGAGCAUUGCAUAAUGACUUACAUGUUCUAUCAGUCCCCUUAAAAAUGUCCUGUAAGUUUUACAGAAUCCCCAAGUGCUCUUCCCUCUGCAUCCCAUAAUGAGUCCUGUGCUCAUUCA